UUUCUCUCUUCUUGGAAAAUUCCCUCAACAAAUACCAUCGUCAUUGUAUUUUUUUCACUUCUACGAUUUUUUCUUUCCGUUUAUUGCCGAGUCUACAUUGCGAUUGACAUUUUCAUCUCUAUUGAUAAUAAUUUUAAAUACCAUUUUUUUUAUAUUAAAAAAAUAAACAAUAGAGAGAGAUCGUUGAGGAAGUCGAGAAAUGGAUUUGGCAGCAAAAGGAGACGAUUUCGAGAAGAAAGCAGAGAAGAAAUUGAACGGUUGGGGUAUUUUCGGUUCCAAAUAUGAAGACGCCGCCGAUCUCUUCGACAAAGCUGCCAAUAAUUUCAAGCUCGCUAAAUCCUGGGAAAAAGCUGGAUCGACGUAUGUCAAGCUGGGACAGUGUCAUUUGAAGUUGGAUAGCAAACAUGAAGCUGCCUCGGCUUAUGUUGACGCUGCUCAUUGUUACAAGAAAACAUCCACUACUGAGGCAAUAUCUUGCUUGGCUCAGGCUGUAGAUAUGCUUUGCGAUAUUGGAAGGAUCAGUAUGGCUGCAAGAUAUUUCAAGGAAAUUGCUGAAUUGUACGAGUCAGAUGCAAAUAUUGAAAAAUCUAUGGAAUAUUAUGAUAAGGCUGCCGAUUUCUUCCAAAAUGAAGAUGUAACAACAUCUGCCAACCAAUGCAAGCAGAAAGUGGCAGAAUUUGCUGCUCAGCUCGAACAAUACCAGACUUCAAUUGACAUUUACGAAGAGAUAGCUCGACAAUCACUUAAAAAUAAUUUACUGAAGUAUGGAGUCAAAGGUCAUCUUCUUAAUGCUGGCAUUUGCCAUCUCUGCAAAGGCGAUGUUGUUGCAAUUACCAAUGCAUUAGAGCGAUAUCAGGAGAUGGAUCCAACUUUUUCAGGAACUCGUGAAUAUAAACUGCUUGCGGAUAUUGCUGCUGUCAUUGAUGAGGAAGAUAUUGCAAAAUUCACUGAUGUUGUCAAGGAAUUUGAUAGCAUGACGCCACUGGAUUCCUGGAAGACAAACCUUCUAUUGAGGGUGAAAGAGAAGCUGAAAGCUAAAGAACUAGAGGAGGAUGACCUCACCUAAACUUUAGGUUUCAAACAUAUGUUGUUUCGGUUUCUCACUGAUAAUUGCCCUGUACUGUGAUGUGUGUCCAGUUGCACUCGUUCACAAUGCGUUCUAUUACUAAGUAUAUUUGGUUUGGUUUUUA